AUGCUGGCUUUGCAGCGGGCACCCAAGCGGGCUUGGCGGGGGCUGCUUUGUGGGCAGCGGCGCAGCAAAGGCCUCUAUGGCCCGAAGCCUCACCGCGGCCCGCUGCCUCGCACCCCGCUGACGGUGCGGGGCCCUCCGCCGGGUGCCCCGUUGCCAUGGUACUUACGGAAGCCGCCGCCGGUGCGCGAGCAGCUGCCCGAGCUGGACGUGGUGACGUACCAGGAGAAGAUGUACUUCGUGCCCUGGCUGGCCAAGCCCGCCUCGUUUCCCGAGUGGGAGCGCGGGUGGCACGACCCCCGGAAGCACCGCUCGCCGCCCGCCCGGGAGAUGCCCGCCUACAAGGAGCAGCCCUGCUUCCUCUGCAACCCGCGCUCCCGCCUCCAGGAAGGUGUGAAACAGGCAUUAUGGCUAACCAAGACAAAACUAGUAGAAGGCUUGCCUCCUCAAAUACUUCACAUAAUGAAUGACACGGCUCAUGAAUGGGAAAGCCAGGACGAGAGAGUCCAAAAUGCAAUCUCUCAUGCACUUUUUUGGAUUAGCACUGAGGAACUUACACCAGCAGAAAACUACUGCUCUGUGCUUCUGGAAGACUUACUUCACUUGUGUAGGAUGAUGACUGCCAAAUAUCCCUCGCUGACUAAAAGAAUGGUGGCUCAAGAUCACAAAGUAGCAGCUGCAUGGCAACGAGAGUCCAUUCUUCUUCAGGUUCGCGGUAGUUACGGAAAGAUCUUGAAUGCAACGAGUCCUCUACAACCUAUAGCUUCCAAAGAUGAAAUAUUAGCCACUGAAAAUCACACUUUAGAAACCUUUUAUCCUAUUGCGCCUACAAUUGACCUCCAAGAAGUCAAUGUUUAUGAGAUCAAGAAUGACACAGGUUUCCGAGAAGGUUAUCCAUAUCCUUAUCCUCAUACUGUAUACUUUGCUCCACAUUCCACUAAAUCUAAAAGAAAACCAGAACAUCUCCGGGCCCAAAUGAUGAUGUUUGCUUUUGGAAAUGCUUUGGCCAAGGCUAAAGGACUUUAUGGGGAUGAGCCACGAAUCUUGGAUGAACCCAUUGUAGUGCAGAGUGUUGGUACCGAUGGGCAGUGUUUUCAGUUCUUGGUAUUCCAGUUGAAUACAACAGAUCUAGACUCUAGCAAUGGUGUUAAAAACCUGGCCUGGAUUGAGACAGAUCAGCUUCUGUAUGAGGAUGCCAGGAGUUGUCCAGAAAUCAAGAAAAAGGUGGUUGUGAAGCCUGCUGGAUUACACGGCUAUCAUCCGGACACAUUCAAGAAGUUCCUGGCCUUCUACUUACAUGGCAUUGUGUGAACAGACCACCAAAGGGACUGAAUUUAAUAUGCCUUUGUCAUAUUUUCUACUGUAAUAUAAUAACUAAGGGUUAGCAGGUAUGUAAUACUUUUAAAUAAAGUUUUCUUUAGAAACACA